UAAUUAUACAUAACUUCUUUUUUUUUUUUGGUCUCUUGGGAGCUAUAAAUACUGGAAUAUAUAUAUAUGCAAUACAAAGGGCGGAGAUUUUCUCCAUAUCAUUCAUUUACUACAUCUUUUCCUAAUAAACUUUCAUACCACAUUCGGAGAGAGAGAGAGAGAGAGAGAAAGAAAAUGAUGAAGGAGAGUUGGGGAGUGGUUGUGUGUGCCCUUGUUCUGCUUUUCCAGCAAGCUCUUUCAGAAGAUGGGUUCGUGAAAACGAGAGGAGUACAGCUAGUUUUGAAUGGAGUCCCUUUCUAUGCAAACGGGUUCAAUGGGUACUGGUUAAUGUACAUGGCCUCUGACCCAUCACAAAGAGAUAAAGUUUCAACUGCUUUCCAAGAAGCCAAGAGUCACGGCCUUUCAAUAGCAAGAACUUGGGCCUUCAGUGAUGGAGGAUACAGGCCUUUACAGUACUCCCCUGGCUCAUACAACGAGCAAAUGUUCCAGGGGUUGGAUUUUGUGGUAUCUGAAGCUAGUAAGAAUGGGAUAAAGCUGGUGUUGAGCUUUGUGAAUAACUAUGAGAACUUUGGAGGAAAGAAACAAUAUGUGGAGUGGGCAAGAAAUCAGGGGCAAUCCAUAUCAUCCGAAGAUGAUUUCUUCUCCAACUCUCUUGUCAAGCAAUACUACAAAAACCAUGUCAAAACGGUAGUUACAAGAAAAAACACUUUCACUGGAGUUGCUUACAAGGAUGAUCCAACCAUAAUGGCUUGGGAGCUUAUUAACGAGCCACGGUGCUCUUCAGAUCCAUCAGGAAAUACUAUUCAGGCUUGGAUUACAGAGAUGGCAUCUUAUGUGAAAUCUAUAGACGGGAAUCACUUGCUUGAAGCUGGUCUAGAAGGCUUUUAUGGCCCAUCCAAACAGCAAACUAAUCCAAAUUUUCAAGUAGGGACAGAUUUCAUUGCUAAUAAUCAGAUCACUGGCAUUGAUUUUGCUACCGUUCACUCAUACCCUGAUCAAUGGUUAUCUGGUUCAAGUUCCGAAGCCCAGUUGGCGUUCUUGAAGAAAUGGCUAGACGAUCACAUUUCAGAUGCCGAAAAUGUCCUCCAAAAGCCUGUUCUCUUUGCCGAGUUUGGUAAGUCUGGCAGCAACCAAAGAGACGAGCUUUUCAACACGGUUUACGACGCCAUAUACUCGUCGGCGAGUGGCGGAGGCGCCGCCGUGGGUGGGCUUUUCUGGCAGCUUCUGACAGAAGGAAUGGACUCUUUUCGAGAUGGAUAUGAGGUCGUUUUGAGUGAGGGUAGCUCAACGGCUUCUUUGAUUACCCAAGAGUCUCAAAAGCUUAGUCAUAUUCGAAAAAUGUAUGCUCGAUUGAGAAACGUUGAGAAGUGGAAAAAAGCCAGGGAUAUUCGGAGGGCUCAGUGGUUGGCUUUGCACAAGCCCAAUGGCUCAGGGAAUUAAUUAAAAUAUGGCUAAUGGCUAGAUUUUCAAAUAAACGAGAGACAAAUCUGUGUGUGGUUAAAUAGAAGUAUAAAGAAAUUGAAGUUUGACAUGUUGUUUGUACAAGUGAUUUUAUCAAAGCUUAUAAUUAAAUAGAACAAAGAAAAAGUGACUUAUAGUCAAUAGAGUCAAUAUUCAUGUAUUGUCGUUUACCCUUGAUUCUUUAAUUGUGAACAAGGGUACUUAUGUUAUCUAGCAAUAAUAUAUACUUUUGUA